AACAGUCGCAGCAGUAAAAGCACACGGCGCUUCCUGUUCGGUUGAUUUGAACGUUCCACAAGAGAGGAGAGAAGAAAAACUCGAUAAGUUAACGAAUGGCUGGACUCGAACUACUGUCCGAUCAGGGCUACCGGUUGGAUGGGCGAAAGGCCACAGAGCUGAGGAAAGUGCAGGCGCGCAUGGGGGUGUUCGCGCAGGCGGACGGAUCUGCGUACAUGGAGCAGGGGAACACUAAAGCACUGGCGGUGGUGUACGGACCACAUGAGGUUCGAGGGUCCAGAAGUAAAUCUCUUCACGACCGAGCGGUCAUUAACUGCCAGUACAGCAUGGCCACGUUCAGCACGGCAGAGAGAAAAAGACGACCGCACGGCGAUCGCAAAUCCAGCGAGAUGAGUCUUCACCUGAAACAGACCUUUGAAGCUGCCGUCCUCACCCAGCUGUACCCACGAUCCCAGAUAGACAUCUAUGUUAAGAUCCUCCAGUCAGAUGGUGGAAACUACAGUGCAUGUGUUAAUGCAGCUACUCUGGCCCUGGUGGAUGCUGGUAUCCCCAUGCGUGAUUACGUGUGCGCCUGCACGGCCGGUUUUGUGGAGGACACGCCGCUGGCUGAUCUGUGCCAUGCCGAGGAGAGCGGCGGUGGCACCACAAUGUCCCUGGCACUUCUACCUCGAAGUGAGAACAUCGCACUGGUGCAGAUGGAUGCCCGUCUCCACCAGGACCACCUACCAGCUCUGAUGGAGGCUGCAACGGUGGCCUGUAAGGGACUUAGCAAAGUGUUGGACAGUGUUGUGCGCCAACACCUGCAGGAGGUUUCUGUGCAGACACGAGACUAACGAGCCCUACUGCAAGUUGUUCUGUAGAACAAACUAAUUCGUUUAUUUCGUUAGCCUGGCUUAAAUGCGUUCGUUCGGAAAACCAAGAAUCUUGGAUCUUGGUGUUUAAAGAGAUAACAUUGUUGUACGAUGUUUAUUUUGACAUUGCAUCUCUUGAAUAAAAUUUUUGUACUAUAA